UUUGCGGUGUAUUGGUUCUUCGACCCUCGGGCACUCAGCUAAACACCCACGUCAGCAUAGCGUAUAUCUUUCCUUUUUUUAACAAGCGGGUUUCGGUGUUUAGGGCUGAGCAGGAAGUGAACGACUGUUUGCCCUGAUCGGGAAGGCAGGAGGUACGACUAAAGAAGCCAGGAAAAUGGAGAUGGUUUGUGAAAAUGGGACAUACAGACCGUUUAGGGCACAAGGCGAAACAGGACGCCAGCAGGGCCAGAGAUGGACUAGUGCAGACAUGACAGCUAGUCACCAAAGUGGUCUUCUUAAACAGCUGGACCAGCAGCGGCGACAGGAACUCUUCUGUGACUGUAAUGUUGUUGUGGAGGGACACCUUUUCAAGGCGCAUCGCAACGUCCUCUUCGGCAGCAGCGGCUACUUCCGCAUGUUUCUCUCCCAGGGUGCCAAGGACUGCUCGCUUGAGCCUGCCAGUGCCUCCUUUGAUGUCUUCAGCCCUGACACUUUCACCGUCAUCCUGGAUUUUGUUUAUUCAGGUCAGCUAGAGCUCACUAGUUCCAAUGUGAUUGAGGUUAUGUCUGCAGCCAGUUACUUACAAAUGAAUGAUGUCAUCGCUUACUGCAAGGACUUCAUUAAGUCCUCGCUAGAGAUCAGCGCCAAGGAAGACAGCAAUGAACAGUACCUCUGCCUGUCUGAUGGCAGCCCUCCAGUGCAGGACAGUGGAGAUGAUGUCAUGGAGACACCAGUUGCCUGCUCGGUCAGCACCCCAGGCCAGGUCACCAUGUGGGACCAAGAUAGAGCCCAGCUUAAGGAGGAGUACCAAGGAGGAGCUCUUAGUCCCAAGACGACAGCCCGACACCAAAGCCCACCCCCAGAGCAGAGCCUGGAGGCUGAUGUGGAGCAGGAGGCAACAGUCCACCCGUUCCCUUCCAUCGCGACAGAGCGUAGGAGGAGAGGGGGUAACAAACGGAAAGCCAGCACUACCCAUCCUGUUGUGGAUGAUAGUCCCACGAUAGACCUCCAGAGGGCAUCCUCACACAAAGCACAGAAAGCAGAUGAGCUCUAUGCUACUCUCCCCACCAUUGUGGGUGUGGUGGGCCUCUUUAAUAAAGAUUCCAGUCCAACCAUGCGCUUCAAAUGCCCCUUCUGUACGCAUACGGUGAAGAGAAAAGCAGACCUAAAGAGGCACCUGCGCUGCCACACAGGCGAGCGCCCAUACCCAUGCCAAGCCUGCAGCAAACGCUUCACCCGACUCGAGCACCUGCGUAGCCACUUUGAGACUAUCCAUCAGGCACGGAAGCUGGUGUGUCGGAAAUGCAAGCGCCACGUGACAGAGUUGAGCGGCCGGGUUGUGUGUGAGGGCACUCGCCGAUACAGGCUGUGUGACGUGUGUAUUCAGGAGACCGGCUACAGCGGCGUUGUGUUGGACAGUACUGAUGGGGCACCUGUAGACGAACCUGGCCUGCUGCUGGGCGUGGAUGAGGGGCAGGAAGAAAACAGAGAAGUGACCUGGUUAAUGGAUGAUGAUGAAUUGGCGGAAGAUUCUGGAGCUGACCUCAUCAUUCAGGAAGUGGACGAUAGUGACGAGGAAACCAGCGAAAACAAAACGGACCAUUCUUAG